GUGUAUUCAAUAUAGAAAAAAGUAACAAACUUGUCUUUGAAUUUUAUUGACAUUCUGUUUCUUUGGCAGCUGUCAGUGGCAAUAACAAAAAUGGCGCAGGUACCAUUGUAUGGCGUAAAAACACACGCUCAAAAGGUUUGCUCCCUUUAUAAAAGAGCUUUACGUAACUUAGAAGCGUAUUACGAUAGACGCAAUGUAUACCGUUACCAAGCAGUGUUACUGCGGGACAGGUUUGACAAGAAUGCAAAGAUCACCGACAUGAGGAAAGCCGUGGAGCUGCUGAAGGAGGAGGAGGAAGAAUUGUUCUUAACUCAACAUCCUCUGCCAAAACUUUUCGCAACCAGCCAAGGAGGUGUGGCUCACCAGCGUGUAGUAACUCCCCCUGACUGGGUGAUCGACUACUGGCACCCAUUAGAGAAGGCCCAUUACCCCGAGUACUUCAAACGUCGUGAACAACGCAAGAAGGAGUUCAUUGCAAUGUGGGAGAAGGAAUAUGGCACCGCUGAGAAGAAAGAAGAGAAACAUUGAUAUAUUGUUGUAUAGUUAUGUAAUAUAGUGAAUUGCGUUUAUUUCGAA